AUGAGACCAGGGGAAAUUUUUGAAAAGUACAUCAGUCAAGCCCCAGAUUUUGUGCCACAGAAGAAUUAAUCGUACACUCUAUAGGAGGAUCUCAAAAUCAUGCUGGCCCUCAAAGACAUCAGCAUAGUUCAGUCUAAGAAUUUUAGGGACAUUGAGGAAAGCCAAGUAGUCAAAAGAACUUACAAUUCAAUCAAGAAUAGAUAUAUGGAUUAUCUCCAAUAUCUAACCCAAGAGAAUAUGGAUCAAAUUGCUUAACAUUUAAAUGAACAUGGAUUGGUGGGAUAUUUGUUAUUUAGCAAUACGCAACCCAGAGAAUUGUUGAAGGUGGUCAAUUUGGAUCCCAAAAUCAUGGACAAGGAAAAAAAGAAGUUGGAGGAAGAACUCGAUAUCAAUAAGUAGCAAAAGGUGAAAGUUGAACACAAAAAACAAUUGGAUCCUACCUUCCCCAGGAACGAUUUCGAUAAAUUCUCCAUCGAGGACAUGGAUCAAGUUCUGAACCUGUUGUCUAAUUACAAGGGAGUUCCCAAAGCCUAUUUGGUGGAAAGACUGCAUUAGUUGAGUGGGAAUCUGGAAGACCUGGAUGGGUUUUUGAAGACCAAUGAUGACACCUAUUGCUUUUUGGAGGAGGAGGAUCACCUAUUGAGGGAGGAUCAGAACAAGGAGAGUCCAGCAAUCAGGGUUUUGAUUAGGAAGAAGGGCAUUUCAAGAGUUUAGAGGAGAUUAAAAUACUUGGGGAAUUGA